CGCCUUUAUAACUCCCAAACCUAAAUAUAUGCAGCGUCACAAAAAACGUGGCGCACACACGCACGAAGUAUCGGCUCUCAAUGUCGAUAUUUUUAUUCUAACUACAACCUUCGCUAUCCCAGCUUUGUUAAGCCAAGCCCCGCCUCCAGAAAGGCCUUAUGAAAGGGGCCAACCAUUCCUUACCUUCCGCGGUACACAACCUUCAGUCGAUCGCUCUCUGUGAGAUCUUUUCCUUUCGAGGAAAACAACUGUGCUUCAUUGCGAUGUUUAAGUUCGCUCUACAACUGCUGCUCUGCACGGCAGUCAUUAACGCACCACCUCCGGACUUCCUCACUGACUGUGUGUCGAGUUCGGAACACGUAACUGCGGCGCACACAUGCAUCCUGGUACCGCAGACUGAUAUAGGCACGUAUGGUAGGUCCUACAAAUUGCUGGCCGAGUCCGUACUGCAGGAACCCUCCAAUCAGCGGAACCCUAAAUUUCUCAACACGGUCUACAACGUCACACGGGCCGCAGUCAAGGAUCGAGAUUAUGUGAAGGAAGGACCCAACCUUCUCUUGGAGUUUACUACUAGCCAGAGUGCCUGCCUUCAUUCACGUCACUACACCGUUCACAUGUGCCCACCCAUUGACGACAAGGUGAACGGGCUAUGCCAGGCAGUGUUCCACUACCGUAACAGCAUCUUGGACAUCGAACGAUCUUGGUGCAGGCGCAUGGAUUAAGCUACUCGGCAUGCACAGACUGAAUUCCUAACUGUGACCCCCUGAAGCGUGCCAGCGUCAGGCGAGAGACACGUAGACAUGAGAGUGCAAUAAAAUGCAAUAAAGCACGUACCUAUAGUAUGU